CGGCAAUAUCGGUUAUUUGGGUCUCACCCAGGGCGGCGAGACGCCUGGUCUCUAUAUAACUGCAUCUUCCCUGCCAACAAGAACACACACUGGAACACCCAGGUCAAAUUCACCAGGUCAAACUCUCUGCUGUCCCCACUCCCACUACCUACGUACCAGCUCAUCCCAGACUCUUCCUUGACUCUCAUACCACCCUUAGUUGCUCUCAGUCCGGCACACGAUGCGCUUCACAACAUUUCUUUCCUCCGUCGCCGCUGGGCUGGGCACAGCAGCAGCCGCGCCCACAGCUGCGCCCCAAAACCUCCGAGUCGUCGGUGUGUCCGUGUUGGGCUCGGGGUGCCCCUACGGUUCCGCAGACGUCGCAGUCACCGACAGCAACACAGCGCUGGACAUCCGACUAUCGGAAUACGUCGUGAGGACCGGCCCCAACACCAUGGCGGCCGACUGGCGGAAGAACUGCAAAGUCACGCUGAACCUCGAAUACGACGCGGGCUUCCAAUUCUCGACGCUCAACACGGCCAUGACCGGCUGGGCGCACAUCCCGUACGGUGUGGAGGGCCAGUGCCAGAACACGUUCGACUUCACCGGCGCCCCGGGCAGCCAGGUCAAGGCCGGCAUCACGCUGGGCGGCGAGCGCGACGGCCGCUUCUCGCUGUCGGCCAGCCCGGACAUCGUGACGUGGUCGCCGUGCGGCGGGUCCACGGCCAUCUUCAACAUGAAUACCCAGUGCUGGAUCUCGCCGACGGAGAAGCAGGCGCUCAUCGCGGUCGAUCGCAUCAGCAGCAAGCUCUCUAUUCGUGUUGCGCUGCAAUGGAGGAGCUGUUAGACGGACGGAGCUUGGGGCGAGAAGGGAGGAUGCGUUGGGAAAUAACAAAAGUCUUUGUUCAUGAGGGUUGCGGUGGAUUGGAGCAUCGUUUCUUGCAUGGGGGAACAGUCAGAGCUAUGCCAAGUUCAAGGCUUUGUAUAAAGGGAUUUGACGGUGGACUUUCUGCUACUAGUAUUAUACUUCUAGGUUUAUCAUCGAUCUUGUAGCGUUGUUUUAACUCGAAGCAUGCUCCAAUAAGGGAUUUUCGAGCACGCCAAAUCUCAUGACUUGGUUGUACAAAACUAGUACCAGCUUUGCUGCC